ACCCGCACGCGCACGUGUAACACCCCUUGAGGUAUCAUCCUCCUGAUCCCCCGGACUCGACCAACGCGCGCGUUUACACUCUCCGUUCACAAGAUGACGAGCACCGGCCCCAGCAUCGUGUACGAGUGGCUCCGGACGCUCCAGCUCUGCCAGUACGUCGAGGCGUUCGUGGAUAACGGCUACGACGACCUGGAAGUUUGCAAACAGAUCGGCGACCCCGACCUGGACGCCAUCGGCGUGUUCAUGCCUCACCACCGACAGCGGCUCCACGACGCCGUGACGAGACUCAGAGACGAGGACAAGCAGGCGGCCUCGGGGCUUUAUUUCACCUUGGAGCCGCUGAUCCCCAGCCUCAGGACAUCCAGGUCGUGGACGGACCAAAUCGGGAUGACGUGCACGGGGUCACACCGGAGUCUGACCCUGCGCGACCGGGAGCGUGUGAUCUACCCGAAACUCAAGCUGAAGAUCAUGAUCAGGGAUAAACUCGUUAGGGACGGGAUUAAUCUUGCAAGGCCUCCGUAUUCUAACAAGGAUGGAUCGUUGGGGAAUAUCGAUGACCUAGCACAGGAAUACUCCGAAUACUACAACACGUGCUUCAGUGACGUCAGCGAGCGCAUGGAGGAGCUACGCAGGCGUCGCGUCUCCCAGGAAAUAGAAAUGGAAAAGGCAGACUCCAGCUCCCUCCAUGUGAACUCUGAGAUCCAGGAGUCUCUGAGUUUCAGCAGUCAGGUGUCUACACCAGAAAUGGAAAGAAAGAUGCCUUUGCACAAGUCCAACUCUGAAGACGGCUCAGGAAAAUGGGAUGGCAAAAAGAAGAACAAAUCUUUCUGGCAAAACUUUAGGAAACCCCAGAAAGGGAUCAUGCGCCAGAGCUCAAAAGGAGAGGACGUCGGCUACGUGGCCAGCGAGAUCACCAUGAGCGACGAAGAGCGCAUCCAGCUGAUGAUGAUGGUCAAAGAGAAGAUGAUCACGGUGGAGGAGGCGCUGGCUCGGCUUAAGGAGUAUGAGAGGAGCAGGCAGUUGAGCACCUGUUCAGACACUGCAGAGUGUGCUGAUGGAUCCAGUCCCACCGUUAACCCGCCCUCCACCUGCAACUCUCGCGAGCAGUCCGAUGAUGAGCAGGAGGACGCUGUGAAAUUCAAGAGGCUUCACAAAUUGGUCAACUCCACCCGACGCGUCCGCAAGAAGCUCAUCAAAGUCGACGACGGGAAAAGGCAGGGGUCCGAAGACUCUCUGAGCUUGGACAUGUCCCCCUCAUGCGAGGACACCAGUGCCCUGUACGCGGGCGUUAAUAAAAAAGGCUCCCGCUGUACGGUGGAUUCGCCGCAGUCCUCCCUGACCCAGGAUAAGGAUACGGUCUCGGUAGAUGGAGACAGAGACAGCUUAAGUACGUCUCCGUCCUCCAGCAGCUUAGAAGCCUGGAACUCUGCCCACAGGCUGGUGAAGCCUUCACCUAACCCGCACAGCCUGGUCCGGCCGCUCGCCAGCGCCGGCACCGAGGGCGAGCCCGAGACAAGGAAGACGUCCGUGUCUCACGGGAGGACGUGUAGCUUUGGGGGUUUUGAUCUGUCCAACCGGUCGCUUCAUGUGGUCAGCACGGCUUCUGAACCUCACGAGCAGGAGGCUCUGUACAGGGACGUCAUAAAGUCGCCCACAAGCUCUCGCAUCUCGCUGGGAAGGAAAGUCAAAUCGGUGAAGGAGACGAUGAGAAAGCGUAUCUCCAAGAAAUACAGUAGUUCUCUCUCCGAACAGUCCAGUCCAGAUGGGAUUCCCAGCUCUCCUCAGUCUCCUCAGCCCGACACCGACUCCCUGGAAAAGCCGAAACUCAAGGCAGGAGGAUCUGUGGAGAGUCUGCGCAGCUCUCUCAGCGGACAGAGCUCCAUGAGUGGCCAGACAGUGAGCACUACCGACUCGUCUGCCAGCAACCGCGAGAGCGUGAAAUCAGAGGAUGGGGAUGAUGAGGAGCCUCCGUACAGAGGGCCUUUCUGUGGCAGAGCCAGAGUGCACACAGACUUUACACCCAGCCCUUAUGAUACUGAUUCACUCAAAUUAAAGAGAGGAGAUGUGAUCGACAUCAUCAGUAAGCCGCCCAUGGGCACGUGGAUGGGGCUGCUCAACAACAAGGUCGGGACCUUCAAGUUUAUCUACGUGGACGUCCUGCCGGAGGAGGAGGAGAAACCCAAACGCACCAUCAGGAGAAGAAGAAAGGGUCGCGCUCCAAAACCCAGCUCUGUAGAAGAGCUGUUAGAAAGGAUCAACCUGAAGGAGCACAUGCCAACGUUCUUGUUUAACGGCUAUGAGGACCUGGACACUUUUAAGCUUCUAGAAGAGGAGGACCUGGAUGAGCUGAACAUCAGAGACCCUCAGCACAGAGCCGUUCUGCUCACUGCUGUGGAGCAUCUACAGGAGUAUGAUAGCAGCAGUGACCCCGAGCGCAGUGCCCUCUCCGGCUCCCAGGAGAAACUCCUCUGCGAGGGGCGGGGCUUGGCAGCGAGCUCCCCGCGGGACUCUGGUUGCUAUGAAAGCAGCGAAAACCUGGAGAACGGUAAGCCUCGUAAAGCAUCUCGCUCAAGUCGUCGUUCUUCUGGCUUCGAAUCUGCUCGAGUCCAGUCUCUGGAUUUCCCCACGCUUCCCAUCAGCCCCUCCACCGAGGAGCUGCAGCAUCAGUCCAAGAAGGAACGCAAGUUCCCCAAGCACUUUCUUUCCCGGCCUAUUAAGGGCUUCAGCCUGCGUUCUUUGGGCCUGAGGAAGGGCCUUCGAUUAGGACCCAGACGUCAAAUGCCAGCCAGUCGCAGCUGUGAAGAGCUUGAUGGGACUUCAGACACUCCAGAGCGCUGGAAACGGUCUCAUUCUUUGGGAGACAUACAGUGGCAGGAGAAAAGAAACGAGACCCAACAUGAACAUGACAGGAAUGAAGCGGUUCUCCAGUCUGGCUCUGAGAACAGUAGAAAAUUCCUUUUAAAUUUUAAAACAGAUUUGUGUAGAGAAAACCAGGAUGAAGCAGAGAGACUUCAAGUGCCCACCCAGCUGCCUCUCAAGCCUUUGUCCCAUGCACCAGAACCCCCUGGCUCUGCACCAACCAGCCCAGCCCCUCGUACACACCCCAAAAAGCCUCCUGUGCCCCCUCCCGUUCCUGCCAAAAAAUCCAAAGAGCAUCUUUUGAAUGGGUUGCGACACCCAUCUUUGGUCCUGCCAAGCUCCGGUCCAGGGACUCCAGCUCUGUCCUCUAAACUCAUAAACAGUCCGACUAGCCCCUCUGAAAGCAUUCCGUCCACUUCCGUGUCUCCGGAUGAUUCAGAAAAACCACCACCCUGGCUGUCUGACCUGCCCGAGUCUGCCUGCCCACAGAUCCAGGGAGUCAAGGUAACCCUUGGCAGGAAGAUCUCCCAUGCCAAAAUUAUUGAUUUGGAGACACUACUGGAGGAGAAGCUUUGCUCAGAAGGGAUCGAUCUUAUGACCGAGCCUUACUCGGAUAAGCAUGGUCGUUGCGGUAUUCCUCAGCUGCUGGUGCAGAGAUACUCCGAGGACUUCCAGCAGCCACUGAAAGAAGUGGCGUCAACUCUGGACCAGAUAAGAGUCAAGCAACUGCGCAAGGAGCACCGCAUGGCCAUUCCCUCUGGAGGUUUGACAGACAUGUGUCGGAAGUCCAUGUCUCCUGUGCACUUCAGUUCCAUUUCCGAUUGGCUGGUGUCCAUUGGCAUGCCCAUGUAUUCCGACCUGUUACUGGCAGCCGGCUACGACACGCUGGGCCAGUUGUCUGCUCUCACUGAGGCGACAGUACGCAAGGCGGGGCUACAGGAGGACAGACACAUCCGCAGAUUGCUCAGCGAGGCCCGGCUCGUCACAGCCACCAGCGCAUCUCAGUAGUCUUUUCAGGAAAUUACUGCUUUAUGAACAGCUGUCUCUUCCACCUGUAGUGAUCCGCCAGGUGAAUUUCCAGCAGCGAACCAAGUAUGAGGAAUGAGGAACGAAACUUCAUGGGGUUCUCUGUAGCAUUUCAUAAAUUUCCAAAAAAAAAAAAAAAAAAAAAAUCAAAUCUUCACCUACAGUACAUCUUCCAAGCGUUUCUUCUCUUCCUUUUCUUUAGCUCUGUUGCUGAUGUUUACACUAAGGACUUCUGUGGCUUCCAUGAACUGUUAGUGGUGGACGUGUAUUAACUAUCCUGAACGAGAGCACAUGAUAUUUGAGAUUUUGUAAAGAUUUAUGCUAGCUCAAGACUGUUUUCUCUUGUUCUGAUGAACGCUUGUUUGUAAGGAAGAAAAACAUGUGCUUCUUCCAGCACAGCAAGGCCAAAGCGAUGUCAUUUCCUGCAGGUUAGAAAACAAAUUCUUAGCUUAUAGAAAUGAAUAUUGAAGGCUUUCCUUCUUUGAACGGUCCACUUUGGAGACGCUCGAGCACAAUGUUGCCAUAUCGGAGUAUAAGCUCUGAGUUUAUCUCGCGGAUUGACGUGUGUUUCAUUUUAUUUGCAGGAGGGAACAUAUUUGUAUAGUCCAUAAGCCAUUUCAGCUUACUCAGUGCCAAGUUGUAAAGCAUUGUAAAGACUUCACGUAGUCAGUUAAAGAAAAUAUUGUAUAUUCAGAUAGCAUUUAAUCUUCUAAUACACCGUAUCUAACAUUCAUUACUUGUCUGUUCUGGGAUAAAUCAUUUAUUACUGUAUCAGUUGCGUAUCUUUUUGAGAUUUUUAUGUUGCCUCUGCUAUCACGGAAAAAACGAUCUUGGGACGGGAAUAAUCAUCUCCGCUCAAUCAACAGUGAUAACUUGCUUGUAUUUAAUGUAUGAAAUCACUUUUUUAGGCGUCUUAGAGCUUCGCUUCGAGAAAAACCUCCCCAGCACUGUGGCAGUGUAUAAAAGCACAGACUGAAAAUCAGAUUUAGAAAGGGCUCACGGAAAAACAAAAAACAACUUCCUUCAUCUUCCUUAACAGGUUUUUUUUUUUUUCUUAAAUAAAUGUCUUUCCAGUGAAGACUAUCUGCCAAAACGGAUGUAUUUGUUGAUGCUCUAGACUGUUGAACCUCUACACCGAGUCGACUUUGUUACUUUUUUCCAGUAACGCUCGAAACAUCUGUUUGUAUCUAUAGAGGUUAGAGAGAGCGAGGGAAAAAGAAACAGAGAUGGAAGCACGCUGACAUGACUUUUAAUCCAAACACACAUCUGGCACUGGAUGGAGAAUGGACUUCUACGCAUUAGUGAGCUGUUAAAACCUCGAGGAAGCUUGUCUAAAUAAGGAACGAGACACGACGGGGUGCUGUUUUAGGAAAACGCUCAGUGAUGCGGCCUGACACGAUUCAGUUAAGAGUCGCUCCCUGAAAUGUUCUUCUUUUCCAUUAAGUAUUUUAACUCCUCUUCUACUACAGCGAUUUGCCAAUGAUAAAAAAAAAAAAAAAUCAGUACAAUCUUUUUAGCGGAUUUAAAAUUUGUAUUUUUUUAUUUUCUACACUUAACGUUUUAAAACCAACAUCAAACGAGUUAGUAUUACCGUUAGCUAAAGCACCUAUAAAAAUUUUAAACACUUCCUCACCAGCUUCUUGUGUUAUUAAAGAAGCGCAGGAAAUAAAAUCUGUCUUUUGGCCCAGAAAACAUACAGUCUACAGUUUAACUGUUACACAGCGCUGAUACUGGAGACUCCUUCCAGAAAACUUCUUAUCAAUGACCGCACACGGUUUCUAAGCUGUUUAAGUGAACGAGCGCCCAACCUACAGAACGCGCUUCAUCACCUAAACUCUGGCACAUUCUUUUGAGAGAUGGAUAUAUAUUUUUUUUGUAUUUAUUCAAUUAGCACAAUUUACAAAUCUACAUUAGGAUUCUCACGACACCCAAAUUCAACCUUAAUGUCCUAAAAAGGAGCGGAAAAUCCUAACGAACGCCUUUUUAACAAUGCAAUCAUGGUAUUAAGGUGAAUUUUAUAUAUAUAUAUAAAAAAGUGUAUAUAAAUAUUUCAUAAAAAUGUUACUAAUUACUGUUAAAAUGCACUUUAUAUUCAAGUAUAUCAAGUUAAAGUGGGCUUUUUGUUUCAGGAAGAACAAAUUAGUAAACGCUAAUGUGUAAAGUCCACAAUUCAGGUUUUAUGUGGAGGAUUGCAGUGGAUCAUGCUGGUUUAUAACUGAAGUGUUUUUUUUUUUUCCCUGUCAACAUUCAUUAACUAGAGUAAGAACUGUAACAAGCUAAUUACUUCAAAUCUGUUUGAUCUUUUUUUUUUCUCUCUAAAAUGAUUCUAAUUACAUAUAUGAAAUUGUGGAUGUGUUGCACAUUCUGUAUAUGUAAUUAAUAUUUAAAUAACUUAUUUUUUUGUUUUGUUUUUCAUAUCAAAUUAUUAGGUGUACUAUAUAUAAAUAUAAAACAGCAAUACUCUUUUGCAUAUUGCUUUAGCCAGUGUCCUGCUACAGUAUCUAUUGUAAAAUAUCUGUGUACAAAUGAUCUUUUUUCCCCCCUUUGACCUAGCUAAUGAUUGUCUAUAAAGAUUUUGCUUGUGUAUUGAAAAACAAAAAAGUGUAAUAAAAAGAAUCUCCUGACUGGAAUGAUGA